AUGUCGCUACCUCUUUCCCUAUCAUUCCUUCGUCAAGGUACAGGCGGCCAGACUCUUGAUGUCUACCUUGAUCCUCUUUGUCCCUUUUCAGGCAAAGUAACUCGUUCCAUCACCACCAAUGUACUUCCCUUGAUCACAAAGGGAGGGAAAUACGAAGGUAAAUUGACUGUGGUUCCAAGGAUCUAUCCUCAACCGUUCCACUACUAUUCCACUUUCCACACGGAAGCUUUGAUAGUGUUCGGCAAACUUUAUCCUGAUUUAUUCUGGGAUUACCUUCUUGCCAUAUAUGAUACCCAAGAGCAAUACUUCAAUCAACCUUCAGCUUCAAUGACUCCUUCUGAAACUAGAGAUAAACUCGUUCUUUUAGCCACCGAUUUGGUCGAGAAAAAAGGUAAAAUCGCUGGACCCAAAUCAAAGCUGUUCGGUGAAAUCAGAGAUAGAUUAGAAGUCAAAUCUACUCCAAAUGGUGGUAAUGAAGCUACUGACGAUCUCAAGUAUCUUAUCAAAGUUGGUCGUCAAAACAGUAUUCACGUAACUCCCACUGUGCUCCUCGACGGCCUCAUUGACAAUUCAGUGAGCUCUUCUUGGGGUAAAGAAGAAUGGGAAAAGUGGUUAUCGUAA